AUGGCGAGCAACACGGCCAUCCUCGAAAGCGACCCGCUCAACUGGGGCAAGGCGGCCGCGGAGCUGACGGGGAGCCACCUCGACGAGGUGAAGCGCAUGGUGGCGCAGUUCCGCGACCCCGUCGUCAAGAUCGAGGGCUCCACCCUCCGGGUCGGCCAGGUGGCGGCCGUGGCCGCGGCCAAGGACGCGUCCGGCGUGGCCGUCGAGCUGGACGAGGAGGCGCGCCCCCGCGUCAAGGCCAGCAGCGAGUGGAUCCUCGACUGCAUCGCCCACGGCGGCGACAUCUACGGCGUCACCACCGGCUUCGGCGGCACCUCGCACCGCCGCACCAAGGACGGGCCCGCGCUCCAGGUCGAGCUGCUCAGACAUCUCAAUGCCGGAAUCUUCGGCAAUGGCUCCGACGGCCACACGCUCCCGUCUGAGGUUUCGCGCGCGGCCAUGCUCGUCCGCAUCAACACCCUCCUCCAGGGCUACUCCGGCAUCCGCUUCGAGAUCCUCGAGGCCAUCACCAAGCUCCUCAACACCGGCGUCAGCCCGUGCCUGCCGCUGCGGGGCACCAUCACGGCGUCGGGCGACCUCGUCCCGCUGUCCUACAUCGCCGGCCUCAUCACGGGCCGCCCCAACGCGCAGGCCGUCACCGUGGACGGGAGGAAGGUGGACGCCGCCGAGGCGUUCAAGAUGGCCGGCAUCGAGGGCGGUUUCUUCAAGCUCAACCCCAAGGAGGGCCUGGCCAUCGUCAACGGCACGUCCGUGGGGUCGGCGCUCGCCGCCAUGGUGUGCUUCGACGCCAACGUCCUCGCCGUCCUGUCCUCGGUCCUGUCCGCCGUCUUCUGCGAGGUGAUGAACGGCAAGCCCGAGUACACCGACCACCUCACCCACAAGCUGAAGCACCACCCGGGGUCUAUCGAGUCCGCCGCCAUCAUGGAGCACAUCCUGGACGGCAGCUCCUUCAUGAAGCACGCCAAGGAGGUGAACGCCAUGGACCCGCUGCUGAAGCCGAAGCAGGACAGGUACGCGCUCCGCACGUCGCCGCAGUGGCUGGGCCCCCAGAUCGAGGUGAUCCGCGCCGCCACCAAGUCCAUCGAGCGCGAGGUCAACUCGGUCAACGACAACCCGGUCAUCGACGUCCACCGCGGCAAGGCGCUGCACGGCGGCAACUUCCAGGGCACCCCGAUCGGCGUGUCCAUGGACAACGCCCGCCUCGCCAUCGCCAAUAUCGGCAAGCUCAUGUUCGCCCAGUUCUCGGAGCUGGUGAACGAGUUCUACAACAACGGGCUGACCUCCAACCUGGCCGGCAGCCGCAACCCGAGCCUGGACUACGGGUUCAAGGGCACCGAGAUCGCCAUGGCGUCCUACUGCUCCGAGCUGCAGUACCUGGCGAACCCCAUCACCAACCACGUCCAGAGCGCGGAGCAGCACAACCAGGACGUCAACUCCCUGGGCCUCGUCUCCGCCAGGAAGACCGCCGAGGCCGUGGACAUCCUCAAGCUGAUGUCGUCCACGUACAUGGUGGCGCUGUGCCAGGCCGUGGACCUGCGCCACCUCGAGGAGAACCUCAAGAGCACCGUCAAGAACUGCGUGAUGGCGGUGGCCCGGAAGGUGCUGACCACGAGCCUCGACGGCGACCUCCACAGCGCGCGCUUCAGCGAGAAGGCCCUGCUCACCGCCAUCGACCGCGAGGCGGUGUACGGGUACUACGACGACCCCUGCAGCGCCAACUCGCCCCUGAUGAAGAAGAUCCGCGCCGUGCUGGUGGACCACGCCCUCGCCAGCGGCGAGGCCGAGAAGGACGCCAGCGCGUCCGUGUUCUCCAAGAUCAACAGGUUCGAGGAGGCGCUGCGGGAGGCGCUGCCCAGGGAGAUGGAGGCCGCCCGCGUGGCGUUCGAGACGGGCACCGCGCCCAUCGCCAACAGGAUCAAGGAGAGCCGGUCGUACCCGCUGUACCGCUUCAUCCGCCAGGACCUCGGCGCCGUGUACCUGACCGGCGAGAAGCUCAAGUCCCCCGGCGAAGAGUGCAACAAGGUGUUCCUGGCGCUCAGCGAGGGCAAGCUCAUCGACCCCAUGCUCGAAUGCCUCAAGGAGUGGGACGGCAAGCCCCUGCCCAUCUGCUAA